AUUCUUUCAGCUGGAACUAAGCAACAAUGUCUUCAGUUGAGUGUUUGAGAGAGUUUGUCACCGAGCGACUAACUGCUGCUGCUGAAGAAAUAUUCCGAGUUGUUGAAAAAACUAUCGUCGAGUACGAGGAAGAGAUCGCUCGGCAGCGCAGACUGUUGGAUGGCGUUUGGAGACCAGAAAUCAGGUUACACAGGAUAGAGCUCCCACAGCAACAUGUCUGUAAGGAGGAGGAGGUUCUCUCUGACCAGCAGCUCUGUAUUCAGGAGAGGAACUCCAGUCUGGACCGAGAGGACCCAGAGCCUCCACAGAUUAAAGAGGAACAGGAGGAAUUGUGCAUCAGUCAAGAGGGAGAGCAGCUUGUACUGAAGCAGGAGACUGAUACCUUUAUGUUGACUCCUACUUAUGAGGAAAGGGACCACAGUGAAGGUCAGACUCUGAACUUCAAUCCUGAUGAUGACACUCUAAGUGCAGCAGAGAAAGAGUCUGUAGCCAACAUGCCAGUUAUAACCUCUGUGGAAUCAGAAGUAAACAGUGACCACCAGCUCCUCUCUCACAACUCUCAUGAAGCUGAGAGCCAAGAUCAGAAAGGAGGCAAGCAUGGAGACUCAGGAUCAACUAGAAAUGCAGAGCCAGAACCAAAGAAGAGACGACGCAAGAGCAGAAGUCACCGCAACAGCGUAGACAAGACUAACGUGUCAGAGAUUCACCCUAAAACUCAAACAGAGCUCCCACAGCAACAUGUCUGUAAGGAGGAGGAGGUUCUCUCUGACCAGCAGCUCUGUAUUCAGGAGAGGAACUCCAGUCUGGACCAAGAGGACCCAGAGCCUCCACCGAUUAAAGAGGACCAGGAGGAACUGUGCAUCAGUCAAGAGGGAGAGCAGCUUGUACUGAAGCAGGAGACUAAUACCUUUAUGUUGACUCCUACUUAUGAGGACAGGGACCACAGUGAAGGUCAGGCUCUGAUCUUCAAUCCUGACGAUGACGCUCUCAUUGCAGCAGAGAAAGAGUCUGUAGCCAACAUGCCAGUUCUAACCUCUGUGGAAUCAGAAGCAAACAGUGACCACCAGCUCCCCUCUCACAACUAUCAUGAAGCUGAGAGCCAAGAUCAGAAAGGAGGCAAGCAUGGAGACUCAGGACCAACUAGAAAUGCAGAGCCAGAACCAAAGAAGAGACAACGCAAGAGCAGAAAUCUCAGCAACAACGUAGACAACACUAACGUGUCAGAGAUUCACCCUAAUACUCAAACAGAGCUCCCACAGCAACAUGUCUGUAAGGAGGAGGAGGUCCUCUCUGACCAGCAGCUCAACAUGCCAGUUAUAACCUCUGUUGUAUCAGAAGCAAACAGUGACCACCAGCUCCUCGCUCCCAACUCUCAUGAAGCUGAGAGCCAAGAUCAGAAAGGAGGCAAGUAUGGAGACUCAGGACCAACUAGAAAUGCAGAGCCAGAAACAAAGAAGAGACGACGCAAGAGCAGAAGUCACAGCAACAACGUAGACAACACUAACGUGUCAGAGAUUCACCCUAAUACUCAAACAGAGCUCCCACAGCAACAUGUCUGUAAGGAGGAGGAGGUUCUCUCUGACCAGCAGCUCAACAUGCCAGUUCUAACCUCUGUGGUAUCAGAAGCAAACAGUGACCACCAGCUCCUCUCUCACAACUCUCUUGAAGCUGAGAGCCAAGAUCAGAAAGGAGGCAAGCAUGGAGACUCAGGAUCAACUAGAAAUGCAGAGCCAGAACCAAAAAAGGGACGACGCAAGAGAAGAAGUCACAGCAACAACGUAGACAACACUAACGUGUCAGAGAUUCACCCUAAUACUCAAACAGAGCUCCCACAGCAACAUGUUUGUAAGGAGGAGGAGGUUCUAUCUGACCAGCAGCUCUGUAUUCAGGAGAGGAACUCCAGUCUGGACCAAGAGGACCCAGAGUCUCCACAGAUUAAAGAGGACCAGGAGGAACUGUGCACCAGUAAGGAGGGAGAGCAGCUUGUACUGAAGCAGGAGACUGAUACCUUUAUGUUGACUCCUACUUAUGAGGAAAGGGACCACAGUGAAGGUCAGACUCUGAACUUCAAUCCUGAUGAUGACACUCUAAGUGCAGCAGAGAAAGAGUCUGUAGCCAACAUGCCAGUUAUAACCUCUGUGGAAUCAGAAGCAAACAGUGACCACCAGCUCCUCUCUCCCAACUCUCAUGAAACUGAAAGCCAAGAUCAGAAAGGAGGCAAGCAUGGAGACUCAGGAUCAACUAGAAAUGCAGAGCCAGAACCAAAGAAGAGACGACGCAAGAGAAGAAGUCACAGUAACAAUGUAGUAAACACUAACGUGUCAGAGAUUCACCCUAAUACUCAAACAGAGCUCCCACAGCAACAUGUCUGUAAGGAGGAGGAGGUUCUCUCUGACCAGCAGCUCUGUAUUCAGGAGAGGAACUCCAGUCUGGACCAAGAGGACCCAGAGCCUCCACAGAUUAAAGAGGACCAGGAGGAACUGUGCAUCAGUCAGGAGGGAGAGCAGCUUGUACUGAAGCAGGAGACUGAUACCUUUAUGUUGACUCCUACUUAUGAGGAAAGGGACCACAGUGAAGGUCAGACUCUGAACUUGAAUCCUCAUGAUGACACUCUAAGUGCAGCAGAGAAAGAGUCUGUAGCCAACAUGCCAGUUAUAACCUCUGUGGUGUCAGAAGCAAACAGUGACCACCAGCUCCUCUCUCACAACUGUCAUCAAGCUGAGAGCCAAGAUCAGAAAGGAGGCAAGCAUGGAGACUCGGGAUCAACUAGAAAUGCAGAGCCAGAACCAAAGAAGAAACGACGCAAGAGCAGAAGUCACAGCAACAUCGUAGACAACACUAACGUGUCAGAGAUUCACCCUAAAACUCAAACAGAGCUCCCACAGCAACAUGUCUGUAAGGAGGAGGAGGUUCUCUCUGACCAGCAGCUCAACAUGCCAGUUAUAACCUCCGUGGUAUCAGAAGCAAACAGUGACCACCAGCUCCUCUCUCCCAACUCCCAUGAAGCUGAGAGCCAAGAUCAGAAAGGAGGCAAGCAUGGAGACUCAGGAUCAACUAGAUGUAGUCGUAACUUGUUGGUCCAUGUGAGAAGAAUCCACACAGAACUCCCACAACAACAUGGCUGUAAGGAGGAGGAGGUUCUCUCUGACCAGCAGCUCUGUAUUCAGGAGAGGAACUCCAGUCUGGACCAAGAGGACCCAGAGCCUCCACAGAUUAAAGAGGACCAGGAGGAACUGUGCACCAGUCAGGAGGGAGAGCAGCUUGUACUGAAGCAGGAGACUGAUACCUUUAUGUUGACUCCUACUUAUGAGGAAAGGGACCACAGUGAAGGUCAGACUCUGAACUUCAAUCCUGAUGAUGACACUCUAAGUGCAGCAGAGAAAGAGUCUGUAGCCAACAUGCCAGUUCUAACCUCUGUGGAAUCAGAAGUAAACAGUGACCACCAGCUCCUCUCUCACAACUCUCAUGAAGCUGAGAGCCAAGAUCAGAAAGGAGGCAAGCAUGGAGACUCAGGAUCAACUAGAAAUGCAGAGCCAGAACCAAAGAAGAGACGACGCAAGAGCAGAAGUCACAGCAACAACGUAGACAAAACUAACGUGUCAGAGAUUCAUCCUAAUACUCAAACAGGUAAAAAGUCUUUCAUAUGUGAGACAUGUGGGAAAGACUUUAAGUAUAAUUCAGCAUUGCAGACACACCUGAGAAUCCACACAGGUGAGAAGCCUUAUUCUUGCAAAUCAUGUGGAAAAGAUUUCAGACUUAAGGAUGUUUUUAAUGUCCACAUGAGAACUCACACAGGAGAGAAGCCGUAUGUUUGCAAGACUUGUGGGAAAAGAUUCUGUGUCACUACAACAUUUAAAAGGCAUAUGAGAAUUCACACAGGUGAGAAACCAUAUCCUUGCAAAACAUGUGGAAAAGAGUUUCGGCAAAAUAGUUACCUGUUGAUCCACAUCAGAAGAGCCCACACAGGUGAGAAGCCCUACGUUUGCAAGACCUGCAGUAAAAGAUUCUGUGAUCCUUCAGACUUAUUAAGGCAUAUGAGAAUUCACACAGGUGAGAAGCCAUAUUCUUGCAAAACAUGUGGAAAAGAUUUCAGAUUUAAUGGUGCUUUUAACGUCCACAUGAGAACUCACACAAGAGAGAAGCUGUACGUUUGCAAGACCUGCGGUAAAAGAUACCGUGACGACUCAGCAUUACAAAGGCAUAUGAGAAUACACACAGGCGAGAAGCCAUAUUCUUGUAAAACAUGUGGUAAAGAUUUCAGACGUAAGGAUGUUUUGAACAUCCAUUUGAGAAUCCACACAGGUGAGAAGCCGUAUUCUUGUAAAACAUGUGAAAAAGGGUUUAGGCGUAGUAGUACCUUGUUGGUCCACAUGAGAAGAGCCCACACAGGUGAGAUGCUGUACAUUUGCAAGACUUGCGGUAAAAGAUUCUUUGACGCUUCAGGUUUAAUGAAGCAUAUGAGAACACACAGAGGAUAGAAUCUAAUCUAAUCUUGAUCCUUUGAAUUUUGAUUAUAAAGUUCUAGUGGUUCAUGGUCAAAACUGACAAGAACCCUCAGAAGUGAGGAGCAACAUUUUUGCAGCAAUUGUGGGAAAAGUGACCUGAGGAUCAACAUAGACAGGAGAAACCAUCCAGCUGAAACUCUCGUAGAGACCUGUUGAACUGAAUGAAAUACUUUUACAGUAGUUACAUCUCUGAUACUGAAUGUUAAAUAUUUUGUUAAAUGAAGAUGAGAUGUCAUUUUAUAGGGUAAAGUUUCCCUUUGUAUGACUGGUUUAUUCAUAUUUCUGUUUGCCUUUUUUAUACCCUGCCUUUUUCUACUGACCAGAUUCUGACCAAAUGUUUUGCAUUUUUUUUUAAU